AUGAGCAAGCGGAACCAGGUGUCCGAUAUGCGGCCCACGGAGCCCGCGCUCCUAUUGCGCUUCAAGGACGGGUCGGAAACCAAGGUGAGCCCGAGCGAGUUGUGCCAGAGAAUCCAGUCUCAGCUCCCAGAUGAAGAUGGUGAUCACAGUGACGAAGAAUAUGAAGAGCCCCAAGUGGUAGUUUUAAAAAAGGGAGAUUUGACAGCUGAAGAAGUCAUGAAGAUUAAAGCGGAAAUAAAGGCUGCCAAAGCAGAUGAAGAACCAGCUCCAGUUGAUGGAAGAAUCGUGUACAGAAAACCAGUUACGUGCCCCUCAGAUGAAAAAUAUUCAGGUUUAACAGCAAAUUCGAAAAAGAAGAAAGCAAAUGAAGAUGAAGUAAAUAAGCAGGACUCGGUUAAAAAGAACUUGCAAAAGAAAAUAAAAAACAGUAGCCUUCUUUCUUUUGGCAAUGAAGAUGAAAAUGAUUAA